GGGAGGAGAGCAGAGAGGGAUCAUCAUGCUCCAGUCAGACAUAGAUCUGGACGUUAGGAACAAACUGAAAGAGACCCGAGAAAAGAAAUGAGAGCUGCUAUUAGAGGUUGACCCGAGCUUCAGUAAAAGUUGAGUUUGUGAAGCGUUUUCCUCAAAACAUGGCGGUUACUUGGAGGUUAGCACUUUUUCUGUGUGUGUUGAUGAUGGUGUCCAGAAGCCCGAGUCUGGCCAGUGAUGCUGCUUCGAGGAGCAGCACCGGGACCACGACCACUGCGAACUCGAGCACUGGGGACUCUGGCCAUGCAGCCAGUCCAAUCAGCACCCUGCCUAUCGUGACCUGGAAGUGGCCACAUGUCAGCACUCCAUACCUGGUGGCUCUGUGGGUCCUGGUUUCCUGGCUCUGCAAACUCAUCAUCGAGGCCAACCAUAAUGUGACCCAGUACGUCCCGGAGAGCGCCCUGCUCAUCUGCUUCGGCUUCAUUCUGGGGGGGAUGGUCUGGGGUGCCGACAAAGUGCAGACCUUCGCGUUGAGCCCACCGGUGUUCUUCUACUUCCUGCUGCCUCAGGCCAUCCUGGAUGCGGGCUACAGCAUGCCAAACAAGCUCUUCUUCACCAACUUGGGGGGCAUCCUGAUCCACGCCGUCAUCGGGACCUGCUGGAACGCCGCCACCUUGGGGCUGUCGCUGUGGGGGUGUCAGCUGGGAGGAGCCAUGGGCGACCUGGACAUCGGUCUGCUGCAGUAUCUCCUGUUCGGCAGUCUGAUGGCGGCCGUGGACCCCGUGGCCGUCAUCGCUGUGUUUGAUCAGGUCCACGUGAACGAGGUCCUCUUCAUCCUGGUGUUUGGAGAGUCGCUGCUCAACGACGGCGUCACGGUGGUGCUCUUUAACGUGUUUGAUGCCUUUGUGUCUCUUGGAGGAAGUAAAAUCAAUGCUGCAGAGAUCAUUAAAGGAAUCGUUUCCUUCUUCGUGGUGGCGUUUGGAGGUUCCCUUAUUGGCUUUGUAUUUGGUCUGUUGAUCUCUCUUCUGACCAGAUGUACUAAAAACGUCCAGAUCAUCGAGGCUGGCUUCAUCUUUGUCUUGGGAUACCUGGCCUACCUGACAGCUGAGAUGCUCUCCUUGUCCGCCAUCCUUUCCAUCACCUUCUGUGCCGUGUGCUGCCAGAAGUACAUCAACGCAAACAUGGACGAGAAUUCUGUCAACACACUCAAAUACGGCCUGAAGGUGUUUGGCAACGGAUCGGAAACCAUCAUCUUCGUCUUUCUGGGCAUCUCCGCCAUCGAUAAGGCGAUCUGGGUGUGGAACACGGGCUUCAUCCUCCUCACGCUCUUCUUCAUCUUAAUUUAUAGAAUCAUCGGUGUAUUUGUCCUCACCUGGAUGAUGAACAGGUACAGGCUGGUCCCCAUAGACUUUGUCGAUCAGGUAAUCAUGAGCUACGGUGGCCUACGAGGGGCCGUUGCAUACGCCCUGGCUGCGAUGCUGGAUGAGAAAAAGAUUAAAGAGAAGAACUUGAUGCUGUGCACGACUCUCAUUGUUGUGUACUUCACCGUCAUUCUUCAGGGAAUAACGAUGAAACCUCUGGUCACAUGGCUCAAAGUAAAGAGGGCUGCUAUGACGGAGUUGACACUUUUACAAAGAGUCCAAAACACGAUGUUUAACCACAUACUGGUUGCUGUAGAAGACAUAUCAGGACAAAUUGGAGACAACUUUAUGAGGGACAAGUGGAGGAGGUUUGAGGAGAAGUGGAUGACGUGGCUUUUGAUGAAGCCGUCGAAGAGGAAGGAGCAGGACCAGAUCUUCAGUGUCUUCCAUCAGCUGAACCUGAAGGAUGCUGCCAGCUACGUGAUGGAGGGUGAGAGCAGAGGCUCUCUGGAGUUCAUCCGCAAUGAGGGCGCUAUUAUCGACUUCAAGAAAAAGUUUGGUGAAGACUUCUACAAGGCGAUGCCUGAUGUCAUGGCCGACACGUCGGACGAGCAGGACAGGAUGUCAGCCAUGAGGAGAGAUCCGGUGCCAUCAGUGAGUCUGGCAAUGCAGGAGCAGACCAUGAACGCAAUGAGAGAACCUGACAACGUUAACACCCACUACCUUCUGCAGCAGCAUCUCUACAAGAGCAGGAAUGAGCAUCGGCACAGGUACAGCCGCAGCCAUUUUGACAUCAACACAGACGAAAAGGAGGUGCAGGAGAUCUUCCAGAGAACCAUGAGGAGUCGUUUGGAGUCCUUCAAGUCAGCAAAGAUGGGCAUGACUCCACCAAAGACCAUCUCGAAGCACGGCAAGAAAGAGCAGCAGCAGAAGAUGCCCAAUGGAAAGAAUAAAAGCUACUACUCUGGAGAUGAAGAUUUUGAGUUUUCAGAAGGAGACGGCGCUUCUGGCCACGACUCUAACAUCCCCAUGAGGGUGCCCUACAGAGCAGGAGCUGGAAUCGAGAACCCGGCCUUCAUGCCGGACCUGGACCGCUCGCUGCCGCUGCAGGUCCCUCCCUGGCUGGCGGAGGCGGAGCCGGACAGCAGCACGGUGGCUCCGUCGCAGCGGGCUCAGGUGAGGCUGCCGUGGACGCCCAGCAACCUCCGCCGCCUGGCUCCGCUCCGCACCAGCAGCCGCUCCACCGACUCCUUCAUGCUGGCCGAUGCUCCGGCCGCUCAGCGGGAAGAUGAUAAGGACUUGCCUCCACCUCCAUCUCCACCGCCUCACCCGUAGCUCGACCCUCACCCCCACCUACUCCAUCUGCCACAGAAACUAACCGCAGACUUUGCACCGACUCCUCAGAAUAUUGAUGGUCCUGCGUCUCCGGACCAACGUGACUGCAGCACAUCCUGACCCGGAGAGGAGGUGCUGAAGGAGUUCGUUACCCUGAAUGUGACGGAAAAACCUGUUUUAGAUUAUUAUCUUAGAUCAGAAGAUGGGGAUUUGUGAUUUGUGACAUAAAAUAUUUGUGAUUUCUGUCUUAUUGGUUUUGUUAGAACUUUAUUGGAGGGUGAAUAUUAAAAAUAAAGAAUGAACCUGGUGAAAAAA